UUGUACAUGUACAAGGUUUACUAGCAUUUAAAAACAGAAGUUAAUGUAUUUUUUUUUUUUAAAGACAGCAUUACACAGUUUAUGACAGCAUUACACAGGUUAUAGAUGACCAGUUCUGGGAUAGACAUAAGUAAUUAAAGGUACUUGCUUUUUUUUUUUUUUUUUUUUUUUGCAGGUUAUUCAGUUUGCUAAACGGCAGCACCAUCGUCAUAUGUGACAUGUGCCACAUGUAACUCAUUUACCCGUGACACGACCAUUAAGCUGAUAGAGAAAUUGGAGUUUGAACUCAAAUAUGUAAGGAAUUCAUCAGAGGGACCAGCAAAUCUUCUGCCAAGUGAUAUAACUGUCAUUGGUGGACAGCAAUGGGCAAAAUGCCGUCCCAUUAUGCAUGUGGAGUCUUCACAUUCCUCAGUGUAUGCCUGAUAUCCUUGUUGCUCACACCACCUUGUGAUGGAGGAAAGAUUCUGGUUGUCCCUGUAGAUGGUAGCCACUGGAUCAACAUGAAGAUCCUGAUUGAAGAGCUCCAUGCCAGGGGACAUAGCAUCACUGUGAUAAGGGCCUCCACCAGCUGGUACAUCACAGAGAAAUCUCCCCUGUACACCUCCAUUACAAUCCCAUUGUUCCCUCCUUUGGAGAGCUUUUUUGAUGAGUUCCUACAGAGACACAUGAAGGCACAAAGAGAACGGGCAUCAGCGCUUACAUUCUUCAAACUCACCAAGGAGUUCCUCACUAUGAUCUCCGAGGCUCAUGUAUUAUCCUCUAAAAUGGUCACUCAAAUCUUUGAUGAUGAAAAUAUGGUCAAGAAGUUACUGGAUGCACAAUAUGAUGUGGUUCUCACUGACCCGGCUAUAGCAACUGGGGUGGUACUUGCCAAAUAUCUCAAACUACCCAUGGUGCUCAAUGUUCGCUGGGUCACCAGCGGAGAAGGCCACUUUGUCAUAGCGCCCUCACCACUCUCUUACAUUCCUGUACCAGGAUCUGGCCUCACAGACAAGAUGAGUAUCAUUCAGAGAGUGAAGAAUAUCUUUUUCCACAGCAUUAUAAUCUUCCAGCAGAAAGUCAUGGUAGGGCCAAGUUAUGAUGCCAUCUGUGACAAGUACAUUGAGGGCGGAUGUGACAUCAUCUCCCUGCUUCAAGAGGCAGACAUUUGGCUCUUCAGGACUGAUUUUGUGUUCGAUUUCCCUCGGCCAACAAUGCCAAAUGUGAUUUACAUAGGAGGCUUCCAGUGCAAACCUGCCCAAGCCCUGCCAACAGACUUGGAGGACUUUGUUCAGAGUGCUGGAGAGCAUGGAGUGAUCAUCAUGACUCUAGGUACUUUGGUCAACGCUUUGCCAAGUGACAUUGCAGAUGAGAUCGCCAGCGUCUUUGCCAAGAUGCCACAGAAGGUGAUAUGGAGGCACAUUGGUAAACGGCCCUCUACUGUGGGCAACAACACCCUGCUCGUUAACUGGAUGCCCCAGAAGGACCUCUUAGGCCACCCCCAGACCAAAGUUUUUGUAGCUCACGGAGGAACCAAUGGAGUCCAGGAAGCCAUUUACCAUGGUGUCCCAGUGCUCGGUAUACCCUUGUUCUUCGACCAAUAUGACAACCUUCUACGUCUGCAGGAGAGAGGAGCUUCAAAAAUCAUAGAACUAGCCGAUGUUAAUGGGAAAAGUUUUGAGCAGGGUCUGAAAGAAGUUCUUCACCAAGCCAGUUACAGACAGAACAUGCAAAGACUGUCACGUCUGCACAAGGACCAACCAAUACCUCCCAUGGAGCACGCCAUCUUCUGGUUGGAGUAUGUGAUGCGCCACAAAGGGGCUCCUCACUUGCGUACUGAGGCUUAUAGGAUGCCGUGGUAUUCAUACUACUGUUUAGAUGUUUUGCUGGUGUUACUGACAGCUGUGACUGUGCUACUGCUGUCUACUUUGGCUAUGUUCAGGUUCCUCUGCUGCAGAAGAAAGAGAGAAAAGAUUAAGUCCAAACAACACUGAGGUGAAAGUAUGAUACAGAGGACUCCUUAAGUACUGUAUUUGGACAGUUGCAUCAUACUUGAUGUAUUGCCCUCUUCAUGUGAAAUGACACAGUUUCUGUAAAAUUGAUAUAGCCAUAUUGGAUGCACAGGGUGUCCACAAAGUUUCUAUACAAUUUAAAAAAUCUAUUACAAAAGCAAUUGAUGAGAUAUGUUAAUCAGAUUUGUUCUAUGUACUCAGUGGUUAUCAAAGUUUUUAAUCCCAUUGCAUUUGUGUAUUUCAGUAAAAGAUCACUGAUGGCAUUGCCACCAUUGAUGAGACUAUGCUACAGCGAAUAUGGCAAGAAAUUGAGUACCGUCUUCAUGUGCUUUGUGCUAAUGGUGCCCAUAUAGAGGUGUAUUAAAUGAGGCAA